GCGCCGCCACCUUCACCCCAAACGCCGGCGCCGGCGCCGCCCAUUGGGCCCCUUCCCCCGUACGGCCAUCUAUCCUCGCAAGCCACCGCACGGCGCCGCUGCCCCUUUUCUCUCUCGGACUUGGCCGCGGCUUUCCCUUCUGCCACUCGAGGCCUGGCCAGAGCAGGCGGCGCGUCUCGUAAGGAAAUCAAAGAUCUUGCAUUAAUUGCUCCUGUCAGAAAUCGGGCUCCAACCGGUUUGCAAAUCUAGGACCUUCCUUUUCCGGUUAAUCACGGUGAGCUCUGUCUGUGUUAAUCCGCGCCUGACAUCGAAUCAAAAUCUAAACUUUCUGGCGCAGUACUCGUCACCUAGCAGCGGCAUCAUCAUUUGUUUAGAGCUAAUGCAAAAUUAUGGCGCUUAAUCGGCCUACUACUGGCCUACUGCCUAGCAGCUAUGGGGCGCCGCCGCGUCCGGCAGAGACGAGCACGAGUCCGCGUCCGCCUCCCGGGAUUCUAUAUAUGCCUACAGCCCGCCCCGCCGGAGAGAGCCGCAACAAGCUAACGCGAUCUGAUCGGAGCAGCAGCGGCAGCGGCAGAGGGAAGAAGCAACGCGCCGUCGAUCACCAGCAAUGCCGCCCCGCAAGGUCGACGUGAGGUUCAUCGAGAACGCGCGGUCGCGCGCCGCCAGGUACGCCAAGCGGUCCAGGGGCCUCCAGAAGAAGGCGUCGGAGCUCUCCACGCUCUGCGGCGUCCCCGUCGCGCUCGUCUGCGCCCCCGCACCCGCCGCCGGCGCCGGGGCUCCGUUCGUGUGGGAGUCGGAGGAGGGCGUCCUGGAGCGGUACCGCGCCGCCGCCGUCCCGCCGGACGCCCGCGCGCGGCACACGCACCGGAGCUACCUCGAGGCCGAGCUGGGCAAGGAGAGGGCCAAGCUCGCCAGGGCGCGGCCCGGCGCGCUGCCCGACUGGGACCCGGCGCUCAACGACAUGGCGCCCGACGAGGCGCGGGAGGUGCUCGAGGCCAUCGACGCUGCGCUGCGGGCCGCGCGCGACAGGAUGGCGGCUCUGGGCUUGCCCGCCGACGGCCGGCUCGCGCUCGAACUGGUCGCAGCGCCCGAUGAUGACGAUGCUUCCGAGUCCGACGACGCCGCCGUCGCGCCGCAGUACCUCGCGCUGGGCUACGACGGCUUCGAACCUCAGACGAUGACAUGCCACGGCGGGAGCAACGACCACGGCGGCCAACUCGAGCAGUUCCUGAUGCAACCGGAGCGCGGGCUCGUGUGCGUCGACGGCGGCGGCAGCAGCAGCUCUUACGUGGACCCCGUCGACGGCACGCAGGCGCCGGACGGCUACGGCGACAAUGCCGGUUACACCUGGCCCGAUCUGACCAUGUGCUACCCCGCCCACGGCUCGUGGAACGCGCCCAUGCCGGUUGGGUACUACCCCUACUUCGCCGACGGCGCUCUGGCCCCUGACCACUACUCCUCCGCCCAGGACCUCACCGGCGGGGACUACGCCGACACGCUGCCGCUCGAGCACACCAUGGGCAUGGACGAGAACUUCGCUUACCCCCACAUGGACAACACCUACGCGGCGCAUUGGCAUACCCAGGACUUCCAGCGCUCCCACACCGGCACCGGUACCGGCCAGUAUCCCGGGACACGCGGCUCCGGCCAAGCCUUCCAUUAUCUCUACUAGACCAGCGCUGAGAGUUGAUGUCCGACCAACAUCGUCAGAAGCCAGUUCUUGUCCUCACGGAAGGAGUUAUCAGGAGAUCGAUGAGGAAAUUUCUUUGUUACUAGGGGCAAUGGCA